AUGUUGUUCCCUAUGUACACCCUGGCGGUUGAAAAGCUACUCGAGAUGACCCAGAUGGAGCCUCACGAGCAACUGAAGGAGCGCGGCGACAUCAUUCUCUUCGAUGGCAGCAUUGGAAACGCGGCGUUUGUCUCCCACCAAUGGGUCUCCAAAGGACAUCCCGAUCCUGAUCUGAAGCAGAUGCGGGUUCUACAGGAUGCAGUGAAGCAUUUCUUGAGUGGGAACGGAUUCAUUUCGCUGGAUGUCGUGACGGAGUCGUUGAUGCAAUCUGCCAAAGGCAUUCCUUUCCAAGAAUUUCGUGCGAAGGUUUUGUUCUUCUGGUACGACUACUUUUCGGUCCCACAGACCGACCGCUGCGAGCAAACCAAGGCCAUCAACAGUAUCCAUGCAUAUGUGGAGCAGUGCCGCUACUUCUUUGCCCUGUGCCCCACCAUCGAAUGCCAUUUUGAGGGGCGCAUGCUGAAUGUGACGACGUGGUCGACGAGGGGAUGGUGUAGAUUGGAGCGAGCAGCACGCGAGCUUUCUGAGCAUGACACCUGGAUACUGGUGCGAAGUUCUACUUCUGUCGAAGUGGUAGGAGCUGCAGUUUCGGGGUCCGUCGGUGAGGGUGAGUUCACCGUUGAGAGUGACCGAGCCAAACUCGCCCCGGUGAUGAAGGCGAUCGUGCAGCGGAAGCUGAUGCUGUCGUUGAAGGCUGGGGAUUUUCCUGCCUACCGGCGCCACCUCAACCUACAAGCGGUGCAUCUCCGAGGCCUCGAAAUUGAACCCGUGAGUGAUCUGGUUCCUGGCAUUAGUGGUGCAGACAUGCCCGGAAUGGUCGCGCAUUUCUUUCGUCAGAAUGGUCUUACCAAGGUUAGCAGAAGAGACGCGGCGGGCUGGUGGCCCCUGCAUUAUGCAGCCUUCUCCGGGAACGUGCAGCUCAUCGAGGGCUUGCUGCAGCAGCGUGCCGAUCCCAACUGUAGGACCACCAGGGACGAAGCCAAGCUGGGCUUUCCACCCUGGGCCUCGGCCCUAGACAUAGCAGUCCGUUACCGGCACAACGAGGCUGCACAGCUGCUCAUCGCCUUCCGGGCUGAAGUGCACGGUGGCAUGGUCCCGGCGGUUCAGUUUGCAGCCAUCGCUGACAACGCGGAGGGCAUCGGCCUUCUCUGUGCAGCCGGCGGUGAUGCAAUGGCGAGGACAGCUUUGGGGCCGAAUGGCUUGGAAGCUGCAGCUGGUUAUGGGGCCUUGAAAGCCGUGGAGGAGCUGGUGAGACAAGGGCGCCCUGACCAUCUUGAGCUUUCCGAAGCACUUCGGGCUGCCAUGGUGCUCGGCGGUGGUUCUGCCGAGUUGGUGAAGCGGCUGGUGGACCUGAGGGCUGAUGUGGACUUCCAGUACGACAUCUAUCGUGGCUUGACCCUCAUGGGCCGACUUGUUUAUGCUGCCAAGUCGCUGCAGCAUCGAUUGGGUCGGAAAACAUCCUUCUCAGCGCUGGCUUAUCACGCGCACGGCCAAACUCCCCUCAUGGCAGCCAUGCAGUCUGCACAGCAUGAGGGUGCCGCUGCGCUGAUCGCGCUCAAUGCAAGUCUGGAGAUGAGGAAUUGCCGAGCUUGGAGGGCAGCAGACUUCGUCCAAGGGCAAGCGAUCCCAGAGUUUCUGCAGCAAGCUUUGGAGGGCAACCCUGCAGAGUGCCAGAAGCUCCUCAAUUCCCACUUUGUCGUCGCGGAGGCCUUGUGA